AGAAGGGGUCCUCGGCCGCUGGACUAGAAGACGAAGGGGGCGUCUCCCCUGCUUCCUGCAGCGUCCGUGGCGAGCCGAGGUGGAGGCGGGCUACGACCGCGAAGGCGACGGUGGCGGCGGUGCUAUGGCAUGGCUUGCAGGAUCCCUGCUGCCUUGGUGAUCCCGGGCUGACAGCCAGAGAGCACAGCGGCUCAGCUCCUGGAGAGUGAGGGUUGAAGAAAGCGGAGGGCAGCCGCCCGCGCCCGCUGACUCCCAUUAGGUCGGUUCCUGCAGCGGUGUUCAGCGGCCUUGGCGAAGGCCCUGCCUGGCAGAGAUCAUGUAUUGCCUCCAGUGGCUGCUGCCCGUCCUCCUCAUCCCCAAGCCUCUCAACCCCGCCCUGUGGUUCAGCCACUCCAUGUUCAUGGGCUUCUACCUGCUCAGCUUCCUCCUGGAGCGGAAGCCUUGCACAAUUUGUGCCUUGGUUUUCCUGGCAGCCCUGUUCCUCAUCUGCUAUAGCUGCUGGGGAAACUGUUUCCUGUACCACUGCUCCGAUUCCCCGCUUCCGGAAUCGGCACAUGACCCCAGCGUUGUGGGCACCUAACAGCCUGCCCAUUUAGCUUUCCAAGGAAGCAGAAGACGGGAGGGGAGGCAUUGACAUAGGUCAUAAAGCAUUGGAGUUUCAAAUCCCGCAGCCCGCGGGUGCCACAUUCCUGACGGCGCCUUUUUGGCCUGUGAUGUUUUAUCCUUAUAAUGUGAAUAAUGGCACUGACCGGUGCUUUUAUUGUAGAGUCCUAUAGUCGUGGGUGGUCUUGUGGUUGUGUGUGUUCUGUCCCCAUAUUGGUCCCAGCUGGCAAGAUGCGCCCCCCUUACCCCCCGCCUCAUUCCUACGAGGAAUCUGCACCCAUCCUGGCCAACCACCCCAGCAUGACCUGGGCAGGUAAAAUGCCAAGUCUCGUCGUCACCUCUGUGACCCCCUCCUUGUCAGAGUCUCUUGCCUCCCAGAAUAUUCCCAAACCCUUAGCCUCCCUGCUGAUUUCCCUUUAGUUCUCUUCGACUCUUUCCUUUUUCGGGAGCAUCUGUCCAAGACAGGGCUCAUUUUUGCACUUAUCUCGAAUUUAAAGAGAUUGCUGACGCCCGAGAGCCUCGCUUUUUCAGCCUCCUUUCCCUGGUCAGCAGGCUAGACAGAAACGUGUCUUGACUGUUUGUUCACAAAGCUCCAGUAUUUUUUUCCACUUUUUUUAAGAAAGAAGUAACGGAUACAUGUUGCUCUUUCACCUGGGUGCCUGGGCUCAGGCCCAGCCUCACUCCUUUGCCCUUCUCCUGCCUUCCUCAGCUGUCCCACGGGGAGGGGUGGGGGUUGUCGGCCUCAUUGUGUCUCCUGUGCAUGCUCUGCAGGAUUGCGGUGUAGCGUGUUCACGUAGAUCUAGCAGUCCCCAGCCGAGUGAGUGCGAGAGUACUUGUGUGUUUCUCAACAGCCAUGAUCCCUUUGAUAGGUGUUUGGAUAUUUUUUGGUGUGCCGUAAGUGUGUGUGUACGUGUACAAAUACAUGUGUAUAUUCCUUUUAAAGAAGCUUUAUCAAACGUGUUCCGAUUUUGAGGUUUAGCAAUAGCUAGCUAUAAUAGGUGCCACUACAGUUUUUAUUUAGCAUGGGAAUUACAGAGUGACCAGCACACUGGACUCCAAGGUGGUUCAGACAAGACAGAGGGAGCAGUGACCAUCGUCCUCGUGCCAGGAGCUCCUUCAGUCCUGCACAUAUAGACUGUACAUUAUGAAGACUACACAGGAAGACUUUGUGACUGUCACUUGCUUUUUUUCUGUUUCUGCGCUUCCGUACAAGUGUUGGCAGAUGAGACUUUCUCCUGGCCCCUGCCCACUGGGGAUCAGCAUGGUUGUCCCUCCAGUCGAAACCAUCCAUCUUUCUCUUGCCUGAGCAGGGAGGGAGGUGGGCCAGGCAGAGGACAGAACUGGAGGCAGUCCAUCUAGGAAAUGGGACCUCAAGGCCACACUUGUGGAACAUUUGGACUGCUAUUCUGGAGCUUUUAUUUCUGGUGUGUUCGUUGCACAGCUGUUUGAAAUGUUUAAUAAAGCUUUAUAAACUUUA